AUGACGUUUAUGAAACUUCAGAACGGUCUCUGUCAAAGCAUGGAGAACGGUACAUUAAUGAGAGUGAGCAGAAUUCUGUACUGGAAUCCGGUUAUAGUUUUUGGUGGUCUAAUACAGUUUGAUACCAUGCCAAUCACUAACGAAGUGACUAUGCGUAAUAUGUUUCAAAUUCACCGGCAGACUCAGAUGCGACAGCCACAGAUUGAGCUGUAUGUUGAGUUUGAAACCGUAGAGGCGGAAGGGAUUCAAAAUGACUUAGAGGUGGCGGAUGAUAGAGCUGCAGUGUACGAGGGAAUGAGUAGUGACAGCAAAGAGGACUUCGAAGCCACUUGUGAAGCCGGUGACGAAGAGCAGGAUGGUGAUGCGGGAGUUGAGACAGCAGCUGAUAAUGUAGUGGUUCACCCAUCGAGCAGUCAACCGAUGAACGUUCCACCUUUUAUGCGUGAGUUGGAUCUCGACGCCAUGCAUGCACCGGAGUUUCCAGAAUAUUCAAACAUAGGCGUUGCUGAUCCCGAGGACGGAGAGUUCCGGAUUGGAAUGGAAUACAGCUCUAGAAAGUCGGUCGUGACAGUAAUUAGAAGUUACACUGUCGCUAGAGGAGUUGACUACGACGUGUAUGAGUCUGAGCCACAGACGUUCUAUGCAAAAUGCAAGAUAUACAACGGUAGGCACACGUGCACAACGGAAGUGAUUUCACAGGAUCAUUCCAAGUUGGACUCGGACACAGUUGCUGAGGCUAUAAGGCCAUUGGUCGAGACUGACUCGUCCAUAAAGGUGAAAACUAUAAUAGCCAAAGUCCAGUCAAGGUUCAACUAUACCAUCAGUUACCGAAAGGCUUGGUUGGCAAAGCAGAAGUCCAUAGCGAAAGUUUUCGGUGAUUGGGAGGAAAGUUACCAAGCCUUGCCGUGGUGGCUCUCGGUUAUGGUUCAGAAGAUGCCUGGGUCAGUUGUCCAGAUAGAAACACGCCCACUCUACAAUGGGAAUGAAGAGGCGCAAGGGGUAAAAAUAUUUCAUCGCGUAUUUUGGAGUUUCAAUCCAUGCGUUAGGGCAUUCAGGCAUUGCAAGCCCCUAGUUCAGGCAGACGGAACACACCUAUAUGAAAAGUACAAAGGUACACUUCUGGUAGCUGUUGCACAGGAUGGGAACCAAAACAUUUUGCCUAUCGCUUUUGCCUUGGUGGAAGGGGAGACAGCUGAUGCGUGA